AUGACAAUGAUACAAUGUUAUGCACCAACAAAUGAUGCAGAUGAUGAAACAAAAAGAACUUUUUAUGAGAAACUCCAAAGUAUAAUCUGCAAAACACCACGACAUGACAUCCUUAUAGUCUUAGGUGAUAUGAAUGCUAAAGUAGGAAAUGAUAACUUAGAUAGAGAAAGAGUUAUGGGCAAACAUGGACUUGGCACUAUAAACGAAAAUGGAGAACUACUUGUAGAUUUUUGUGGAGAUAACGACCUUGUUAUUGGAGGUACACUUUUUCCACACAAAAACAUCCAUAAAAUCACAUGGAACUCCCCAAAUGGUCGUGACAAAAACCAGAUAGAUCAUUUGAUGAUUAACGGAAGAAGGAAAAACUCACUUUAUGACGUGAGAGCUAUGAGAGGAGCAGACUGUGGUAGUGACCAUCACUUGAUUUGUGGUAAAAUUAGACUGAAGCUAAGAAAAGCAGUCAAGAAUAGAACCAACAAGAGGGAAAUAUUCGACACAGUCAAAUUAAAACAACCUGAAAUUCUCAAGAAAUUUAAGAUCGAGUUAAGAAACAGGUUUCAAGUCUUGGAAAACCUACAAGACCACAAGCCAAUUACUGUAGAAAGCAUAGAACAGGGAUGGAGUAGGAUUGAAACUGUGUUUAAAGAAACAUCAAGAAACACUCUAGGGAUCCGACAACGUGAAAGGAAGAAAUGGAUAAGUGAUGACACAUGGACUAGCAUUCAGCAGAGAAAAGACAUAAAGAUAAUAUUGAACAGCACAAAAUCAGAACGAAUCCAAACUACUCUAAGGAAAGAAUAUUCAGUCAAGGACAAAGAAGUAAAACGUAAAGCAAAAGCAGAUAAGGCAUUAUACCUAGAGACACUUGCUAAAGAAGCAGAGACAGCAGCUUCUAAAGGAGAACUUAGCAGUUUAUAA